AUGGCAGGAUUAGCUGCAAUUGAAAUUGUGCAGAAGGUGUCAAAAGCAUGGCGUUCUUUGCAAGCGGGUUGGAAGCAUUCUAAUAGAAGCUCGAAAAAUGGUAAGAGGGUCCGAAGAAGGGUCAGUAUGGCUAGCCAGAACAGACGUGGUGCUGAUUGUAGUACAAGCCGUUCUUCAGAAACAUCAGCUUCUUAUUGCAUUACUGAAGAUAGAUCAUCUAGUCGCCUUAUGAUGUCAUGGCAAGAUGUUUAUGAAGAGUUCGAUUCUGCAUUUGGUUCUCACACGCCAAUGGUCCUUGGACAAGCACAAGUUGUUCGCUAUUUCCCAAAUCAUGAAAGAACAUUAGAUAUAGCAUUUGGCCAGUUGCAUUUUUUGGAACAUAAUCUUCAUUUUUUGGACAUAUCUACCUUUAUAUAUGGAAAUUUCAUGUAUAUAGCAAUAUUAACAUACCACUUGCAGAUUGUGCAUGCCAAAUCUUGUGACGAUCUUUAUGAACUUGUGGGUGAGGACUUCUGGUUGGCUACUUGGUGCAAUGGUACAGCCGUUGAGGGGAAACGGCUUGAAGGUACUAGAAUUACCUUAGUGAAAAUGGGGCAGCGUGGAUAUGAAUUUGCAAUCAGAACACCUUACACACCUUCCAGAUGGGAGGAAUUUGAUGCUGAAAUGACAAUGGCAUGGGAAGUACAAUUUCAUGCCACUCUCAAGCAGCACUGCGGUAGUUGGCUUCGUUAUUUUGCUUGGAUUGUUUCUUGCUGCUAAUAUGGAGUUCACGGGCAACAUUCCUAAAGGUGUGCAAGUUGAUUGGGAAGCCAUUCUGAACUUUGAUCCAAACUCCUUUUUGGAUUCUGUUAAGAGUUGGCUGUAUCCAUCCAUAAAGAUUUCGACAUCAUUGGAAAGAUUUUCCGGAUGUAGCCUCAACUUUUGCAACAACAGGAUCAGUUGUUGCUGCUCUGAGCUCAUAUGAUGAUUGAACUCUUUAACUCAAACACGUGGCUGAAAAGUGGUUGAACAUAAUUAUUGCCAGCACAAAAGCAAUUUGUGCUGUUGCUCGUAUAUGGGAGUGGGUUUUUCGGCACGCUCAUAGAUCAACAACCAUGGAUCGUGUUCAUUUCAAGGCCAGAUUUCUUUGUCUCGGCACUGUCAUCUGCUGCUGUAAACAUGUGUUGUUUGUUUGAAUGUUUUGAGCAGCAUUAUAGAAUAAUAGAAUUUGCAAAUUCUUGUAACCUUUCUAAUUAUUUACAUCAAACAAAUCUGGCUUUUAUUAAAUGUGAU